CGGGUCUGACGCAGCAGGAGCAGCGCGGAGCCUCCGGACACUGAUGAGAGGAGAAGCGCCGGAGAAACUGUGAGGGAGCCCGGCCAGCUAGAGGAGCGAGCCCCUGCGAGGACCCAGGACUAAACGGCACAGGAGAGCCAUUCAGAAGAGCCGGGGGUCAAAGGUGAGAAGAGCAGAGGGCACCAUGGAGAGUGAGCCGGGGGCCCCUGCCUCCAUGGCUAACAGCACCGGGACCGCCACUUCCUCCACCACCAGCUCCUCCACCACCACGGCUGCCAGCAGUAGCAGUAGUAAUACCUCCAACCCUACUGCUACUACUUCUACCACUUCCGCCAGUAGUAGUAUUAAUAAUAGCAGCAGUAUUAGUAACACUACCAGUAGUUCCGGUAGUAGUACGACAACAGGAAGACAGACAGUGCCUCAGAUAUCUGUGUACAGCGGGAUACCUGACCGACAAACAGUGCAGGUGUUUCAACAGGCGCUACACAGACAGCCCAACACAGCAGCACAGUACCUGCAGCAGAUGUACGCUGCCCAGCAGCAGCAUCUGAUUCUGCAAACCGCUGCCUUCCAGCAGCAACACAGCCUCAGCACCGCUCAGCUCCAGAGCCUGGCCGCUGUACAGCAAGCCAGCAUCGCAGCUGGACGGCAAAGCUCUUCACAGAACGGCACUUCAUCUCAGCAAACAGGAUCUACUCAGGCUACGAUCAACCUGAGCACGUCCCCGGCGGCCGCUCAGCUGAUCAGCCGGGCCCAGAGCAUUAGCUCCACCCCCACCAGUAUUUCCCAGCAGGCUGUUCUGCUGGGCAGCUCCUCCAGCCCCACACUCACGGCCAGCCAGGCACAGAUGUACCUGCGAGCACAGAUGGCCCAGCAGAAUAACCUGGUGCAGGUGGCCAGGAGCCUCGGCCGGGCCGUUCCUCUGUCCCCUCAGCUGAUCUUCACCCCAACAGCCACCGUGACGGCUGUCCAGUCAGACGGCUCCUCACAGGCUUCCUCACAGAAUCAGGUCCAGAACCUUGCCAUCCGUGGCCAGCAGGGGGCGGCCACGUCUUCCUCACAGGCUCAGGCCAUGCAGGCUCUCAGUUUGAAGCAGAGCCCUGUGCCCAUCCAGCCCACCCCACUCAUCAAGAAUCCUAACCAGGGCAUGCAGGUCGCUGCAGGAGGGAGGACCAGCUCCUUAGACAGCUCGUCUGAAGGAGGGAAGAAGGGCGAGAGCACAGCAGUCACAGAAGUCCGAGCCAUUAACAUGAGCCGCAGUGUGACGGCUGUUAGUGCUCAGCCUCUCAUUGCUCCAGUCUUUUUCGUUCCAGCGUACACCCAGAUUCAGCCACAGUCCCUGGUUCAGCAGCACAAGCAGCAGCAGCAGCAGCAGCAGUUUGUCGUCCACCAGAGUCCAGGUUCCCAGAAGACGGCGGGUCAGCUGCUGCAGACGGCCUCCAUUCAGCCGUCGCAGCACCCGGUCCCUGUGCUGCCCAAACCGGCUCCACACCAGCCCUCCAUGCCCAGCCAGCAGGCGACCAUCUUCCACUCCACCAUCAGCCCCCACGCCCUCCACUCCUCCCUCAGCCACCACGCCAAAGCUCAGCCCGUCCAGCUCACCGCCAUCAACCUUCAAAUACAGCCAACAGCUUCUCGGCUGCUUCAGGACAAUAAAGACAAGCCAACCUCACUGGUGGUCAGAGAGACGUGUCCGACCCCGUUCGCACAACAACCGCAACAACAACCGCAGCAACAACCGCAGCAACAACCGCAGCAACAACCGCAGCAACAACCGCAGCAACAACCGCAGCAACAACCGCAGCAACAACCGCAGCAACAACCGCAGCAACAACCGCAGCAACAACCGCAGCAACAACCGCAGCAACAACCGCAGCAACAACCGCAGCAACAACCGCAGCAACAACCGCAGCACCAACCGCAGCACCAACCGCAACAACAACCGCAGCAACAACCGCAGCAACAACCGCAGCACCAACCGCACCAACCGCACCAACCCCACCAACCCCACCUACAGCACCUACAGCACCUACAGCACCUACAGCACCUACACCAACAACAGCAGCAGCAGCAGCAACAGCAUCAACAACAACAACAACAACUGCAGCAGCAACAACAACAGCUGCAGCAACAACAACAACAACUGCAGCAACCUGUACCCAUACCAUCACAACCUGCCAAGCCUGUAGAGCAGCCCAAGGUCGAUACCGUUACACCAGCUGUUCAGCAACAAGGAGGGGGCCCGGCCAAGAAGCCGUCCGCUGCACCUGCGACUCCACCUCCAGCCAUGACCUCAGGAAAUGAGAGCGAGGCGCCCAGCGUGACAGGCAGCACGCCGCUCAACGGGGAGAACAAACCGCCCCAGGCCAUCGUCAAGCCCCAGGUCCUCACACAUGUCAUCGAAGGCUUUGUCAUCCAGGAAGGCGCCGAGCCGUUCCCGGUCUGCGUGGAGCGUCUUCCGAUUCUCAUCGACAGCCCAAAGAAGCUGGAUCAUCAGCUCUCGUCCGACCCCGACCAAACUCCAGUCAGCAACGCAGCAAACACAGACUCCGAGCCGGAGGACAUGAACCAGACAGACAAAGAACCAGAGCCGAAGCUGACGUGUGAAUACUGCGGCUGGGUCGACUUUGCCUACACCUUCAAGGCCUCGAAGAGAUUCUGCUCCAUGGUUUGUGCAAAGAGGUACAAUGUGGGCUGCACGAAGCGGAUAGGCCUCUUCCGUCCAGAGAGGAGUAAACCAACCAGCCGCUGGCGACGAAGAUCUCAGGGUCGUUCCGGUGUAGAGGCUAAGAAGCAGAAGCUGUCCCCGUCGCCGCAGCAGACACAAGGCGGCUCCGUGUCCUCGCCUCAUCCCUCGCAGCCCAGUCAGGAGGAGUCCAGCCCGUGCUCGGACAUGUCCAGCUACGAGGAGCCGGCGUCUCCCCUGUCGGCAGCCAGCUCGGGGCUCCUGGCUCCGACCCCGACCCCGGCUCAGGUCCCCGUUCGCCGGCAGCAGAGCCGGGCCUCGGACCAGGAGGGCGGCGCUGGGAGAGAUGCACCGUCACUCUGUCAGCGGUUCUUACCCAACGACCCCACCAGGUGGAAUGUGGAGGAAGUUUAUGAGUUCAUCUGCUCACUGCAAGGUUGUCAGGAGAUCGCGGACGAGUUUCGGUCUCAGGAGAUCGAUGGACAGGCCCUGCUCCUGUUGAAGGAAGACCACCUCAUGAGCACCAUGAACAUUAAACUGGGGCCUGCACUCAAGAUCUUUGCACGCAUCAACAUGCUUAAAGACUCGUAGCAGUGAAGUGUGUGUAUUGAUCCCAGUGCGUCUUCUUCUGUGUGUGUGAGGGAAUACGUGUGUGUGUGUGUACGUGAGUGUGUGUGUUUCCCUUGGCACAGGGCAGAGGAUGUGUCACUGUAGCACUGACUGCACAGAGCACUGACUGCACUGUGACCUUGCCUUCUCUCCACGACUGGACUCGUGCUCUUGAUUCAGAAUCUCACUCUAACUCGACCCAACUCCACAAACUGCUCAUGUUUAGAAACCAUGUGACUGUUGAAACUGGAACCGAUGGUGUUUUCACCACGAGCACUUCAACACCACAUCUAUUUACAAUGCAUUCAUAUCUCGGACCAAAACCAACCCUUCCUCGGGCACAUCUCCCCCCUCCCUCAGGCAAGAAGCAUUUAAACACACUACACAACAAAGAAACAGACAAACAACUGACUAGCUGCAGCCACGGUGAUAGUUGUGCCAAAUUAUACAGCGUGGAUUCUUAUAUACAUGAGUAUAUGAAUAAACUUGAUGUGGCUGAUAUCUGAUCCAGAUACAGCUCAAGGCAGGGUUGGAAAAUGGUUUUUUGAAACACCUUUUAUCUUAUUUGUUGACAUUCUCCUCACGUCCUGAUAUCCAUCAACAAACAAAGUUCUCUUCAACAAAAAAUAAAUGAUGUCACCCUCACAGAAGUAUAAAAAACACGACCAGUAAUUCAUUCAUGCCGAAUGAAAUGAUCGGCUGCUGUACCUGUUUGCACUGCAUGGCCCCGAGUCAAGCUGCCCAUUACAAAGCUCCAGAUGACUCCGACUGCUUUCACGUGCCUUGCUGUGCAUUAACGUUCUAAGAUCUGAUCCCAAUGCAGGUUGAAUUAAGAUAAGAGAAGCACUUACUUAUCCCAGGCCUGGACAGGUCCUUAUCAAAUGUCUUCAACCUGAUCACACGUCUGAACAAAGAUCCCAUGAUAGAAUCAGGUGUAAAUAGGGCAGUUAAACCCAGUGAAGACAAUAAGCCUGGAAGAACAAGAGAUGAUGACAUGAACAGCAAAAUGUUCAGUUGUGUGGGGGUUUUUGGGUCACACUGCGACACAGUCAUUGGUGAAUUGCGGCAUUAAUACACGGGAGUGAAAUCUGGAUUCAUCGUUAUGUUAUUCGUACAGUUUUGUUAGCGAGCGGAUGAGGGAGAAGACUCUGGGCGGAUCUACUAAAGGUUUGCACGUGUAAAAAAAUGCUGAUUUCACCAACAAAAACAUGCUAGCUGAUUUACUAACGCACUGAGGAUUGUGUGCAGAAUAACCUGCGCUGUCCAUUAAGUCAGUUUCCUGAAUGAAGAUGCAUUGUCAGGCGUUUCUACCCGAGUGCGCAAAACAUUAAAAGUAGUAGAUGCAAGUAAUUUACUUGACAAAUACGAUCGACAAAGCCUGAAAAUAAUCGCGGUGGUUGUGACUGCGUUUGAAAGGAAGGUGCUAAUCGGCACAGUGUGACGCACAGAAGGCUCUGCAGCUCUUGUGGUGAGGAGGAGAUUGCAGGAAGAGGACGGAGAGAAUUGGAUUCUUCCUCUCCUGUUAGCAUGUUUGGUUUGACAGAAGCAAAAUGAAUCCCUCUCUUGCCAGGGUACUGAUGGGCAUUGAAAAAUGAGCGCUACAAUGGCAAGAGUGUCGCGCUUGUGCCUCAGAAAGUGAACUUCACCUGCUGCGCAAUAUUGGUGAGAGGCAUCUCUUCCACCGUCCCCAUCCCCCCCGACUGUUUUAUUAUGAGCUUUUCUGAUGUCCUGCCUUCUUCUCAAUUUCAUCAGUUGUUCUUUUAGUUUUACCCCCAGCAUUUACUUUCUCGCAGGUACUCUCAAAUGUCGCGUUUCUUUGAGCUGUAUUAAUUUGUGUUAGCUGUAGCUCAACGACAUGUUUGUUUGCCUCUUUCACUAACAGCUGCAAUUCCAUGGCAUUCAAUUUUCACUUUGCGCUUGUGGUCACUCUGCUCUCCAGUUAACCAGUAACACACGCCAAACACUCAUUUAAAUACUACUGCCUCUGCCAGGAUUGCACCUGUUAUCAAUUUGCGCAAUUAUCUUUAGUAGCUACCCCGUAAAACGCCCACAAACCAAAUGUGUGUAAUCUGUUACAAUGCACACUUCGCACUCUUUAUUUGGGAUCUUAGUGGACUUGCUCAUGUGGAUCAAGUGGACUUGCUCAUUCUAAUUCAGUAGGUGCCCUUUUCCUCAGCAGCACUCCCACUGCUCUGGAAUCUAAAGCUUGAUGCAGUGAAUCGAUUCAAGCAGCUUCUUUUGUGCCAUCGAGUUUUUUUAAUUCAUGAGGAAUUUGCAAGUUUUCUCCCGUAGAUUCAAACUGCUUACGAUUUUGUUUUUCAUAGGACACUAAGUUAUCUAAACAACUAAUCUGGGUGUGCUGCGUCCUGCACGUCCCUGCUCUUAGCACUUAUUUUCUUUUUCAUUUGCUUUACGGUUUUAUGAGUGGCGUCUGUGGAGUGAUUCAAACGAGUGUAUUUGUACACAGCAGCUCAAGUGAGGAAAGAGACUGUAACUGAGUGUGAAACUGACCUUUUUUUUCCUAAGUUAUCCUUGUUAUUUUAAAACAGAAAUUUAUUGGUGUUUUAAUAUUUUGAAAUAUGCAAAUAUAUAAAUAGUUGUUUUUUAUUGCUUUUAUUUUCCUUUUCUAAUGAAAAUAUGUUCAUAUCUAUUUGUGUUCUGUGGCUGUGAUGGAAGGUCAACUUUUUUAGAUAAUGCUUUGUUUAAUGCCCGUAUUUAUCAAAAUGGUUUGUUACAUAACAUUUUGCAAUUAUAAAUCAUUUGCAGUACA